AUGGCGAGAGUUUCCGAAAUAUGGAUUAUCAAAAUAAUCAACGGCAUAAUCGAAUUCGAUAGGGCACUCGACGGACUUUCACUGACCGUAUUGGAAGAAUUCAUUUGUUCGACAGCAAAAUACAAUUGGAAUAUAUUUUUGGCCGCUCUGCUCACGUCUUACAUCAGUCUCCAAAUAUUUUCGAUAUGGCUGUGGCCGCCGGCAAGAUUUAACUUCAACACCAUAGUUAAAUAUUUUUUCGAGAUACCGUGCAUCAUUGAUUUCGUUAUUUUCGCCACGGCAUACUUCUAUCUCCAAAAUUUGGGAUCUAGAUUCGAAAUAUUGAAUCGUUUCUGUAAGCGGUUACCUGACGCACUUAUCAUUACCGCCGGCACAUGGACACAAUCCAAAAUCACUCAGUUGAUAGAAAAUGUACGGUUGUUACAUGCUGAACUAUGUGAACUGUUGCGUGUAUUUAAUCAGGGCUACGGCGUGUUGAUGUUGUUUUAUUUUGUGUUCAAUUUUUUUGAUCUCUUACGGAAUUUUUACUAUUUGUUACACAUAUCUAGAUAUUCGUCGUCCAAAAUUAUUGUUAAUUUUACCACAUUAAACAUCAUACUAAUGGCUACGUUUUGCUUACAAAACAUCUUCUUCGUUAUACUUUUACUGAUUUCUGUAUCUUGGAUAAACAAAAAGAAAAUGGAAGUAGUUUCAUUUCUAAGAUUAAUACACAUUUCAAAACUACCAUUUGAUACAAAGUUACAAAUUAAAAUGUUUAUGAAUCAAUUAUCAUAUUUUGAAUGGGAUCAAAUUUCAGCUUUUGGAUUUUUUCGUAUGGAUUUAAAAUAUAUAAUAUCAUUUUUCAUUCUACUCACGGCAAUAUUGGCCACAUCGGUACAAAUGAAAAAACAUCCAUACGUGGUUAGAUUUAACAACGCAUAUCAUUCAUAUUUAAAGUUAGAGUACUUAAACAUGCACGAAUAUGACGUAUAA